AUGGAAAGGUACGUAGGUUCUUUUCUUACAAAGUCAAGUAGUGGUAGUACUAAACGUUCUCGAUCUGAAUCUGCGUCUAUUGAUUUAUUUCAAGAUAAACAAAAUGAGUGUGCUACUCCCUCAAGUCAGAACAAACCAACAGUAGAAGGUCCACAGGAUUUGUAUGUUCCUGAUCCGGGUAAAAUACUUCUUACUAUGAGAUUUACGAAGAGUGCUCAAGAAAGGGAAAUGAUUCAAAGAAUUUAUCUAACGAAUGGUCCUUGUCAACCAAAAAUUGACAACUUUCCUCAAUCCCUAAUUGUGGGUAAAAUGCAUAGAUUUAAUCCUCAAUGGUACAAUGAGAUUGACACUUGGUUGGAGUAUAAUGAAUCAAAAGAUGCUGUAUUUUGCUUACAUUGUUAUCUAUUUAAAUGUGAGCAUGGUGAUGGAAGGGGUGGUCAUGAUUCAUUUGCAGGAGAAGGAUUUAGCAAUUGGAAGGACAAACAAUGGCUUUUUAAACAUAUUGGGAAAGUUAGAAGCAUUCAUAAGUUGUGCUUCAGUGCUGCCAAAUAUUUGAUGAAUCAAAAUCAACAUAUUCACAUUGUUGUGUCUGGCAUUUCUGACAAAGCCAAACAAGAUUAUCGUAUUCAUUUGAAUGGUUCUAUUCGAUGUAUUCGAUAUCUCAUACAACAAGGUUUGACUUUCCGGGGACAUGAUGAGACAGAUGCUUCAAUGAAUCAGGGAAAUUUUGUGGAGCUUGUAAAAUUCCUUUGUGAAAGCAUUGAGGAGGUAAAUAAUGUAUCUUUGAAUAAUGCCUCAGAGAAUCUCAAAAUGAUAGCUCCCUCAAUUCGGAAAGAUAUUACUAAUGUUGCUGCUAGUUUAGUUAUCAGAGCUAUUAUUUUAGAUAUUGGGGAUAAUUUCUUCUCGAUAUUAGUUGAUGAAGCUCGUGAUAUAUCAAUUAAAGAACAUAUGGCCAUUGUUUUAAGAUAUGUGAACUGCAACGGUGACAUUAUUGAGCAUUUUCUUGGUCUUGUUCAUGUUUCAGAUACUACAUCUAGUUCACUUAAAGAAACGAUUGAGAUAAUUUUUGCCAAAAAUGGCUUGAGCUUGACAAAGAUUCGUGGUCAAGGUUAUGAUGAUGCAAGCAAUAUGAGUGGUCAAUUCAGUGGUCUGAAAAGCUUGAUUUUAGUUGAAAAUAAUUCUGCUUACUAUGUUCACUGCUUUGCACAUCAACUUCAGUUAGCUCUAAUAGCUUGUGCUAAAAAGGUUUACGCAUUAACUGACUUCUUUAAUUUUAUACCGUUGUUGUGUAAUGCAGUUGGUGCUUCUUGCUAA